AUGACCAGCCUUUGGGAGUGUCCGGGGCUUAAUGUAGGUGACUUUGAGAAGUGGCGGUCGUCUGCGUUCUCAGAGGCCUGGGGCAUUGGUGCUCUGCUCCUUUUGCGGUAUGCCCUCACCUGCUGUCAGCGCACAUUAGCUCCUUCUUCAUCAUUGCGCACCCGGCCCCUGCGGGUCAAGACACCACGGUUCUCGGACCUUAUCUACAGAGAACGGAGGUCGGCAGAGCUGCUGGAUACGGGCGGUGCCGACACUGCCACCCUGAUUCGGGAACUGCGGACCGAAGGGGGCGCAGAGCGGGCGGCUGGGCCGGGCGGCCGGCGCGGGCUCCGGGCGUGUGGCGAGGAGUUUGCGUGCCCCGAGCUGGAGGCGCUAUUCCGCGGCUACACGCUGCGGCUGGAGCAGGCGGCCACGCUGAAGGCGCUGGCGGUGCUUAGCCUGCUGGCGGGCUCCCUGGCGCUGGCUGAACUGCUGGGCGCGCCGGGUCCCACGCCUGGCCUCGCCAAGGGGUCUCACCCCGUGCACUGCAUCCUCUUUCUGGCGCUGUUCGUGGUCACCAAUGUCCGAUCCCUGCAGGUGUCCCAGCUGCAGCAGGUCGGUCAGCUGGCGCUGUUCUUCAGCCUCACCUUCGCGCUACUCUGCUGCCCCUUCGCGCUGGGUGGCCCGGCGAGGGGUUCUGCGGGAGGCGCAGUGGGAGCCGCGGUUGCUGAGCAUGGGGUUUGGCAACUCCUUUUGGUCACCUUCGUAUCCUAUGCCUUGCUGCCCGUGCGCAGCCUACUGGUCAUCGGCUUCGGGCUUGUGGUGGCUGCCUCUCACUUACUGAUCACAGCCGCCUUGGUCCCUGCCAAGCGCCCACGUCUCUGGAGGACGCUCGGUGCCAAUGCCCUGCUCUUUGUGGGCGUGAACAUGUAUGGCGUCUUCGUGCGCAUCUUGACGGAGCGCUCACAGAGGAAGGCCUUUCUGCAGGCUCGAAGCUGCAUCGAGGACCGACUGCGGCUGGAGGAUGAGAACGAGAAGCAGGGAGUAAGAAUAUAGUCUGUUUUGGG